AUAAAUAAAAUAAAAAAAAAAAAAAAGUUAAAAUGUAGAGAAGAGUAGAGAAGAUAAGCCGUUAAGCCUUAAGGGACAGUUGGAAGCAAUGUAUGCCAUUGCCACUCUCACCUUCCCAACUCCCCAAUUGCGCCUUAAUCCACACCCAUUUUCCAUCACUUUCCCGGGAAUCUCUAAAACUUUCUCUUCUACUAUCUUCUCCUCACCCCACAAACUCUACCUUUCCCAUGUUCCUUCUCGUGCUCUCAGAGUCUCCGCUAGUUCCCAACCCUCUUCCCCUGCCUCAACCGAGACCUCGAAGCUCUCUUCUGUCCCAUCCCAGAUGAAGGCUUGGGUGUACGGAGAAUAUGGAGCUGUAGAUGUUUUGAAGUUGGAGAGUAAUGUUUCGGUCCCAGAAGUGAAAGAUGACCAGGUCUUGAUUAAAGUAGCUGCCGCUGCUCUUAACCCAGUUGAUUUCAAGAGAAGACUCGGCAAGUUCAAGGCCACUGAUUCACCACUUCCGACUGUUCCAGGGUAUGAUGUAGCUGGUGUGGUAGUAAAGGUUGGGAGUGAAGUGAAGGAGUUAAAAGUAGGGGAUGAAGUAUAUGGAGACAUACAUGAGAAAGCCUUGGAUGGUCCUAAGCAAUUUGGGUCUCUUGCUGAGUACACUGCUGUUGAAGAGAAACUUGUGGCCUUGAAACCUAAGAAUAUUGACUUUGCUCAGGCUGCUGCACUUCCUCUUGCCAUUGAAACUGCUUAUGAGGGCCUUGAAAGGACUGGAUUUUCAGCUGGAAAAUCUAUUCUUGUUUUGAAUGGUGCUGGUGGAGUUGGAAGCUUGGUCAUUCAGCUGGCAAAGCACGUAUUUGGUGCUUCAAGAGUUGCAGCCACUGCAAGCACAGGAAAACUGGAGUUCUUGAAAAGCUUAGGUGUUGAUUUGGCCAUUGAUUACACAAAAGAAAACUUCGAAGAUCUUCCAGAGAAGUUUGAUGUUGUUUAUGAUGCUAUCGGGCAAUGCGAUAGAGCAGUGAAAGCCAUUAAAGAAGGGGGAAGCGUAGUGGCCUUAACCGGAGCGGUUACGCCUCCUGGUUUCAGAUUUGUGGUCACUUCAAACGGUGAAGUUUUAAAGAAAUUGAAUCCAUAUUUGGAGAGUGGGAAAGUGAAGCCAAUCAUAGAUCCGAAAGGGCCAUUUCCAUUUUCACAGGUUGUUGAGGCUUUCUCUUACAUUGAAACCAACAGAGCUGUGGGGAAGGUUGUCAUUCAUCCAAUUCCAUAAGACGAAAUAUAUCUAAAUAAAUAAAAGCCAUUUUUUCAAGGCAUUUGAAUUAUAUACGCUAUGGAUAAUAUUGCACUAUAAACUCGAAAGUUAGUCUGUAUAAAUUAAUGGUAUAAGUGUUCAAUGUUCUCUACCAUUUUAAAUUUUACUUCCAUCUAUAAAUAUUACUUGUUUUA